AUGUCUCUCUUCCGCACCAUCAUGCGCACAAGCGCAACCACCAUCCGUCCCCUCCACACAACAACACGCAUGCAGAUGCCCUACAAGCAUGACCAGGACCGCGAAUCUCUCCGCCCCGUAGCAAAUGAAAACUCAAAGUCUGGAACCGACGAGCAGAUGGCCUCUGAGCACGCCGAUAUCGCCUUUGACCCGAACUCAACGCGGCCCGAAGAGGCGGCUGAGAAGACCAGGAAGAAGACCAAGUCUAAGGGCCGUGAGGGGGAGGAUGCCUUGAACGCAAGCGGUGCGAACCAGGAAAUCAGCAAGCCUAUGGGUGAUGAAAAGACUAUCAAGACCAAGGGCGCUGGAGAGGAGAUUUCAAAGGGAGGAUCCAGUCAAGGUGGAAGUGCGCCGAAGAAGGGUGAUUUGCCCAAGGCCAAGUAA